AUGUCAAACACGCAAAUUCCAAAUUUACAAGCGCUAACAGUAUUAGAACCAUAUGCAACAAGCAUCAUUUAUGGAAACAAAAGAAUCGAGAUGCGAAGCUAUCAGCUCGAAAUACCAAAUGGUGAAGGAAUCUGGUUAGCAAUUCACGCAGGCGGCUCAACACGCCUUUUAGAUCCCGAAAUCUGUGCAACUAUUCGAUUUACACGAUGGUCAGAAUUACCAUCAGAAGAUCAUCUUCGUGAAAAUUGUGGCAAAAUCCUUGGAUUGGCAAAGUUUAUCGCUUGUUUAAAAGCCGAAGAAAUUCCUGAUGAUGAAGUUUGGAAAGAUCAUUUUGAUGAAAAUAAGCAAUUGUAUUGUUGGCUUAUUAGCGAGGUGAAACCUUUGAGUAUUCCAAUCAAUUGUAGAGGAAAUCAGAGGGUUUGGCGUCUUAAUCAGAACUUGAUACAACAAAUCAUGAACGACGUUGGACCUUUUUCUUAA